GGCUUGGGCCAACGACGCGCUGGCGCUGACGUUCCUCACAUCCCCUGCGUUGCCGCGCAAUGGCUUGCGACGGCCUGCCAGCAAUGGGUGGAUGCCCCUCAGAGGUGUUCGAGCUUCUACCAUAGCGAUGCGCAGCGGCAUGAUCCCCAUGCCGUGGAGCGACAACACGCCGGCCACCAUAGAAGACCCGCUCGUCGACGACACGGAGGAGGCCCUGGUCGGCACGAAUCUCCUGAUGACGAGCUCCGUGUUCGGCUUCCCCGACUUCGGCCACCUGGUGGAGCUGCAGGACCAGGGCGUGCUCAGAUGGUACGGCGGUUUGACCAGCAAGGAGCCUGGUAACUGGUGUCUUGUCAGGGGCAAUCCGAAGGAGGGCGAGCGCGAGGAGGACUUGUUUCUAGAGCUCAUUCACAAGCUAACCGAUCUUUACAAGGAAGCUUUCUCUGUGUCAUCGGGCAUUUGCUACUGGCGCGGCAAGCUUGAGCUGAAGGAAACGAAGGGUGGCGAUAUUCAAGAGGUGCGCAUCGAGGGCGGGAUCGUGGUCUCCGCGAAGGAGAACAGUGAUGAGAAAGUGCGCGAAGGUGUGCUCCUCUGUAAUGGACGUCGGCGCGGAGGGCGUUGCAGCUCAAAGGCAGAAGGCUAGAGAAGCCUUCAAUCGUGCCCUGAUGACGCCGAAGGCAGAGAGCACAGGCUUCAAGACGGCGGCGAGAAUCGCAGGCAUCCGGAGGACCUCCAAGAAGAUGUUGUCGGCGCCCGAAGAAGACGACCCGAGCAAGCUGCUGACAGACGACUGAUGGACGGUAGCGCGAUGCCAUUCUUGGAGCACGCUUUCGAUUGGGAGGGGGGCCGGGCGGCAGGGCUUUCCGGCCCAGGAAUCUUUUUUCUGUGCGGGCCGCCCCUAUGGCCGCCAGCGAUUGGGGGGGGGGCGGGCGUCCGAGGCCGACGCGAGCGGCAACCCCAGGCCUCCGAAGGACGGAUCCUCUGCUGUCCGCGGCCCUGGGACUGAUCCUUUUUCUGUCCGCGGGCCCCAGGCGUCCCGACGCCGUCCGAGCGUUGAAACGCAGCCGUCGCGAGGCAGGCAGCCUGCAGGGCUGGCCCUUGUCCCCGCACUGGGAGCAG